ACCAGACAUCAUGAUAAAAUUACUGCGAUGACAGUACAUUCACAGACAGGAAGUAUUAAUGAAACAUCUCAAAUAGACGCCACGGCAACUAACACAUUGAUAACAGAUACAGCAAUGAUGGAUUGUAGUUCCGAUAUGCAUAUUUCUAAAAUUAUGGAAGAGUCAACUGUCAACGAUAGUUUGCAAAUGGAUAAAUCACAACUCAUCGAACAAGUGAAUGUUGAUAUAAAAUCUCAGUCAUCUAACAGAAAUGUUGACAUAAAAUCAUUGCCUUCUACUAGCUCUGACAUGUUUAGCUGUGAAACUGACGUUCCAUUGAAAAUUUUGCCAAGCGAUACCCCGGAAAAAGACAUAUUAAGAAACAAAGUUGUAUCAUUGGGACGAUCACUUGCUGAAAAGUCAAAUGCUAUCAGGAAGUUACAGAAAAAGAAUUGGAAUCAGCAAAAACAAAUAUCUAAAUUAAAAUCCGUUAUACACCAGCUAUACACGAGCUUGGUAGAAAAAGAAUUAAAAAAACGUAAGGCUCUCAAAUGAAAAUCACAAGUUUAAAUAAUCGCGGGCUAGUAAGAGCUAGAUGUGGAUGAUGGUGCGCCAUUUUCACAGAAAACUUAUUUUUCUAUAAAACUAAUGCACUACUAUCCGCGUUAGGCUCUUACUAGCCCACGAUUAAAUGCUGUUAGACUGAGUGUAUAUACAAAGUGUAUUUUUAGUGUAUUUACAUGUAUUUACAAGAUGCGUGUGAGUGCGCGCGCGCGCGCGCGCAUGUAUAAACGUGUGGGUUGUGUAAGCGUGAGGAGAAUGCCGAAUCACUGUAUAUAUUGAAUGCGUGUGUAUAUGUACAAUACAUGUGUAUAUUGUAUAUGUCGUAGCUAGAUUACAUAAUCUGUCGUUUUAUAAAACGUCUAGGCAUUUUAUAAAGUGCGGCCACAUUCUCAAGUCAUGGUUAAAAAUGAAAUAUUUUACAAUCUGGCUAAGAAUUUUAAUCUUUUUAUAAAACGCUAACAAGCCAAAUGAACCAGCCAGAAUCUAAAACGAUGAACAAAUCGUUGCGUUCGACAAUGUGGUGGGUCGCUUAGCGUUUUAUAAAAAUAUUAAAAUUUUUAGUUAGAUUGUAAAAUAUUUCAUUUUCAACCAUGAUUUGAAAAUUGGCCGUACUUUAUAAAAUGCCUAAAUGUUUUAUAAAACGAUGGAUUAUGUAAUCUGGCUACGACAUAUAUACCUUAAUGUAUCUUGUGAUAAACCAAUAAUAGCUGUGGAAAGACAUUAUUAUCUUAAAUAUUCUUUUUAAGUGAACAGAGAGAGAGAGAGAGAGAGCCUUUACAAAAAAUAUAUUUUAAUAUUUUAUAUUU